AUGUGGUGCUUCAUCUUGCUCAUGACCACACCACGAGACGUCGAGAUCGUGAAGGCUGACCAAGAAGGCUACAUACGCAGCUACAUCGUCCUCCCAUCCACGAGUUGUGGUAUCCUCACUGGGCCCGUCGCCGACGCCAACAUCGAGCACAUCCACUCAAGACAGAUUCCGGAAGCGAUAGUGAUAGGCAUGAAGCAUUCACGAACACGGCUCGCAGCGGCUAUUUGGUCACACUCCGUUCGGCGCUCAACGGUACAGCACCACAGGGCCGUGGAGGCUUCUGCCCUCGACGCCAACGGGCACUACGGUCCUCUGAAACGCGACGGAAGUAUAUCCCUCUGCGCUCUGCAACCUCAGCAAGAGCGCAUCUCACAAGCCCACGACAUACACGAAAGAAGACAUCGACAAGUUCCCCGGCGAAAACGACCACCUCGGUUCAACUUCAAGUGCAGGGCCGUGCGCGCGGAGGAGCGCGGGUGGAACCCGAGGAAGACGACGGGCGAUUUCUACGAGUUCAUUCCGAGUGAGGUCGUGGCGAUGGUUAAGGAUCCGUUUAGGUCUCGUCGACUCCCGAAGUUCAUAGCUCUUAUCGCGCAGCGAAUCCCCCACAGUGUGGAUGUGUGA